CUGGAGACCGCCGUUUUUUUUCGCCAAUUCCCCACCCACUCGCUAUGAUGACCGGCGCGCGGCGCGCUGCACGUCACAUGCUCACCAAAGCUAAGGGCGACGACAGCGAUCGUGCCCACACAUAAGUACAUAUCUCUGCAUAUCAUGUAGCCAUUCCACGAUCUGGGUGCAGAUACGACCGUAAUGUCGAGUCGCUUAGGUUAUCGUGUUAUUCGCCAUGCAUCGCGAGCCCAUGUGCCUUUGAUACGCGAGUGCCAGCAAAGACGCCAACAUACUUAAGAUGUAAAUUGUCUGUGACAGGCCAACUCUUGCCGAUGAUUACCGCACAUGCCUCAUCUAUGGGCGGCACUACAUUACAUUGAGGUCAUGGCUCUGGAACAUCAGUUAUAGCAGAGCAUUAAAAGGUACAUACAAUCAUCAUCUGACAGGUUGGCGUAAGGGCUGUAGUAAUGUGCCUUUAAGCUCCAGUUAUCUGAGUCAGCGUACUCCGUUGGAUUCACUGUUAAUGUGGGACGCCGGUUUAGGGGGAGUGAGAGCUGGCCUGCCCGUCUGACUUAUCCCAUUCUGCUCCUAGCGCUGAUCCACGCAACGUGCCAACUCUGAAGUGGCUUCGGCAACACGUAUCCCUCCUCGUUCGUCUACGGUAGACGGGAGUGUGACGCCAUAGUCUCUUUUUUCUCGCAACAUUGACAAUGGAGGCGCAAGGAGGAACCAAUGAGGGUGAAUCCAGCUCACCCACAGAUAUCCUCAAGAUGAACCCUUACCUCACCAUCGUCAUCUUAGUUACAGGAGUGGCCGGGGGUCUGGCCCUGGUCAUCGGGGUGAUUUUCUUUUGCAAAUACUGCGUCAAGAAGCGACGAGCACCCGGCAGGGAUCCCGCUUUCUUUACACCCGUGCCUCUCGAUCUGGACUUGGACAGCCGGACCCGCUCUAAUGCGAAUCGACGAUUGGAAUCAAGACCAGAGGAGGUACGCUUACCAGUUGACGACGAGGAUGGGUCUCCCGCAAGACUCCUGGAAGACGAUGAUGAGAACCUGGAUUCUUGCAUCGCCGAAUAUCUUGCCACGGGGGAGGCCGCGUCUGCUGAUCACUUACCCGACAUUCCUGAGGAAGAACCGCUUACAGCUGGUGAAGCAGAGACGGCCACAAUUGACUUCUCGCCAGAACGGGUAGAGGAAGAACGCUCCCCCGUCUCGCCUCGGCGAGUGUCCUUCCAAGUUGUUCCUAUCAAACAGAAGCAAGCAAAGUACGUCAGGAGGUACACGGAAGGAGAUUUUCACCACUUGAAACUAUCCCGCAUUAAGCCGUCCGGUGAUUCCAUGAAGGCGUUUUCGCUUGACUACGACUGUCAACGGAGCGGUGACCGCCGAAACCAUUCGCCUGGGCGCACCGUAAGGACCAGCUUGCCCACCCCUGACGACCUUGAGUGGCAUAAGCCUCUCAGUGAUGACCCACAACAACCACGCGGCAUGACGGUCAAGGCCCAGGUUCACACCCAGCCGACGGAGCAGGCAAAAGCACCGGAAGCAGAUGGCAUCAAGUCCCGGGAUCUGUCGCCAGGCGGGCAGGCUCGCCUGCACGCACCGUCCCACUUGCAACUCCGCUCUCCGCGGAAGAACAGCCGCGAUAAGCCCGCUUCCGAAGCCAACAGGGAAACCGAGCCCAAAGGGUUUGUCCCCAUACCUGCCGAAAACCCCGCCGGAUUCGCAGAGCCUAUCAGUAGCGAAGGGUCGGAGGGUAACGGGAAAUCAGCAACCAAGGGAACCCGGAGGGCGCCCAACCCGCCCCCGAAGUUCCACCCUCCGCCACAGAUCGAAAUAUGCGAGAAACCAACACCAGACCGAGAAGCACGAUUUGGGGACUAUCGGGAACUGUGGCAGCUUCGCACUACUCUUGAGAUGGAAGACUCGGGAAGCUCAAGCUCUGAGCCAGAUACUGUAAUUCCUGCAGAAGGGGGGAAACAGGAGAGUGCCGCCCAGGAAGGGGGCGGCAAUACUCAGUAUUUGGAGCCCAGCGACUCUGCCCUCUCUCCAACUGACACAUCUGCAGCAGAAGCCGAUGACGGGAAAAAUAGACUUACAGUUGUGCAGAGGUACAGGUUUAAUACGCAUGGCAAAAAUGAUAGCUUUGAGCAGAUGUUUAGUAGCAUCAGCACCGAAGAGUCGGAUACCUCCGAGCGCAGCAAAGGAGGGGACAGCUCUGGGAAGGACAGUGCGAGCAAACUGAAGCAAAUGCAGGCUGACAGUGGAUACACAUCCAUAGAACACAAGAACGAGGUCUCGGAGCAGCAAAAGCGGUAUCUGUUUGCAUCAGCCGACCGGGACAGCACGAGCUUGGAAAGCUGCGCUCCUGCAUUGUCGAGUGAGAGUAGCCCGAUCGGGGAAAGACCUCUGUCAUCUGGCACCGACAGUGCAGUGCUCACAGAAAGCAGCAAGGAGGACACCUUGCCGUCAAAUAUUCACGGUGUAAGACGGAGGAGUGAUCGACGGACUGCCUCGACUAAGCGACGCGAAUUCAUUGCAGAGAAAGGAGAGGCCAUCUUUGGCAGCUUCAGCUUCCCAGAAGAAGAGAGUGAAGCAGACUCUCAGACAAUAACAGGAUCGGUCAGUGAAAAAUCUGCCAGUGCUGCUGCCGACUCGCCCAACGAUUCGUCAGAGCGUAUUCGCAACAGCAACCGAGUUGGUAGGAUCUUUCGUGUCCAGGGAGAGAACCGACUGAGGUUUUAUCCAAAAGGGAGGGAUUACAGUAUCGACGAAAAGACUGACGCUUUGUUCAAAGAGUUCAUGCGAUCAGACGCCAUGUUUGAUGCACCGACGUCGAGGCGCAGUCGCCCACCUCGCAAUCGUCGACUACAGCUACAGCAUAAGCAGCACAGUGACUCUCAGAUAGAUCCAGCUCGCAAAAUGGCUGACAUGUCUUCUGCUGAUGUGAGAAGUGCUAGCUUCGACCACAAAGGUGAAUCGGCAAAAGAGAGACUGACGCAUCUGCUACCUGGAUCCGGCUCGUCUAAGAAGCUUAGUUCGCAGGAUAGUGUAGAAGAAGACUACCUCCGCAAAGAGAGCGCAAAAAUAUGGGGUGGCAGCCAACCACCUACCAGGAAACGCGAUCUCGAAGAAAUUCCAUCCAAAGAUCGAGAAGUAUCAAGUCGACAUGAGCAAAGCGAAGAACACAGAGGACAAGCGCAAAGACUGGACCUCGAGGAUGUUUCUUGUCGACCAAGCGCCUUCCGUUGUGUUAAGAAGUCUCCAAAACUCAAACGAUCGCACGCCUCCAUCGCUCCAGAAGAUGAUGUAUUGCCAGACAAACCACACCCACACGAAGAGCAACCCCCUAUGUCCAAGGGGAAAAUUGUAUCACAGACUACACUGGUAAGACCAACAGCCAUCCACCCUAAGGAGAGUAUAUCAAACAGCCACAGCAGUGGAGGCAGUCGCGAAUCACCCAGGAACAGUGGCCACUACUCCUCUAAAGGGGAGCUCAGAGAGGAGGCGUAUCGCCACCGAGAGCCCCACCCAUCUGGUGGCAGCGACCCUCCGCUACACCGGCGCGGCCGAAGUCCUGGCAGGGACAGAAGCCCCUGGAGAUCCCCUCAGACCCCAACUGCCACUCACUCACAGGAGGGUGAGAGGGAGUACGCAGACAGAAGAUCCAAAUCCCCGUUGAGGAUGCACAGCGCUGGCAGUAGUCAGGGUAGUGCCGAAUGGAGUGACGACAGAGGCUUCCUAGGCGUCCCACCCAAGGAGCAUCUAGACAGGCCGCACAGCGCCUCCUCCCUCCUCAGACUCCAACGGGAAGCCGCUUCACCUCAGUUUGAAAGACAUUACAGUGAUGAAACUUAUGAUGCUCCGCGACGCGAUCGCAGCAUAGACCACGACGGCAGACUGGAGGCUGACCGGGAACACAGGGGCUCCUCAGGACGACUUCACCCCUUAAGAUACCCACCAGGGAGGCAUAUACGACCCGCCACAGUCAGAACCAGCUCGGAGACAAAUAUCUUAGAACCAAAGGACGGUCACAAGCGUAAUCGCGCCCACGAUCUGAGAAGACAGCACUACGGUAGGGCCCACAGUGCACUAGACGUAUUUGCCGCAAACAGGCCUCCUCCGAAGGACCCACCGAGGUCACGACCACCUCCUGAGAGGCUCUCCGCAAGGUCAAUGACCUUAGACUCCCCUAACAGUCCCGGGGCAGUGCCCAAGGAACGUAGACAUCCACUAGAUGUGCCAAAAGACGAAAGGAGACAUCCACUGGAAGGUCUAAAAGAUGAAAGAAAACACCCGUUGGACCUCUUUAAAGAAGAGCGCAAACACCCCCUCGAAGGCCUGAAAGAUGAACGCAAACACCCCCUUGAAGGUCUCAAAGAUGAACGCAAACCAGCUAAGGAAGAGCGCAGACAUCCUUUAGAUGGUUACAAGGAAAAGCAUAAAGACAGUACAGCGCCUCUAAAGUGGUAGAAAUUGCACAAAACUAGAACAGAAUCGGAACAUCAACAAUUAAGUUACCCUAAUUACUGUAAAUAAUUCGGUUAAAGUAGUAACUGGCACUGGAAACUUGUGGUGCUUAACAUCUAUAUAGUUCGAACCUGUAAAUAAUAAUUUAAAGUACCAUAUGUUUUUAAUUUUCCAAAUUUAUCAUUUUAUAUAUGCCUUAAUCAUAUGAGAAUUGUGUGCAGCAUUUUCUAUUUGAUUCUCGUGCGUAAAUGUGUAUAAGAAAAAAGACUAUAGAUAUAGUUUAUUAUGAAAUAGACUCUGAAAAACAGACAUGAUAUUAAGAUUUAGUAGAGGUAUAGUAGCAGAUGUAAUUUAAGAACCUAAAGUUAACUUUCAGCAGCUUUUCUACCACACACGUUGCUUUAGAGUAUUCGCAAAAGUCUUUAAUCAGCACAACACUUAAAAUAUUGCCAGGAUUAGUUUUUAAAGUUAGGUAUUUCAAUCCGUAUACGGAUUGUUUAGAGGACAAUAACCACAAGUUAAAGGUCUUUUCCCUCUUCGACCAUUAAGGUGCAAUCGGAGAAAGGUGCAAUGUUUACACCUACUUCAAAAUUCAUUCAAGUUCAACGUUUUUAAUUACCGUCUUGUAAAUACAGCAAAUAUGAGACUUAUUUUAAGUAAGUACACUACGUGUACCUUUCGUGCCGAAACUUUCUGAUGUAAAAAAUGAUAUGAAAUAUUUUACUACGUGUGAUGGUGUUCAACAAUUUUCGAUGACAUGCCUUGUACAUACGUAAAUCUCAGAUACUUAAAAUGCAAACAAACAGUAAAGAUGCUGCAAUUUUGCAAUGACUGUAAACAGAGGGAGUAGCCUGGAUAAUUUAUAGUAACGAGUAUUACUGUAAAUAUUUUAUACACUACUGCUCUAGUUGGUUGAAGAGGUUCACAAUUAUCGUAGAAGUGACUGAGACACCAUCACGUUGUAAUACCACAAUACUCUAAUGGAGUUAACUGCAUCUCACCAAAUCACUGUGCACUGUUCCUGUGCGUGCGUGCAUUUUUCAAACACUAAGUAUACCUUAUAAUGCAAUUCUGCAGUCUUGUUGCAAUCGGCACUCCUUCCAUCCUUAUGAGUUUCGUUUUGAUCAACGUUACUGUUGUCAUUUAUCCCCUGAAGAAAAGCCGUCAUAAGAACUGCUGAAAAUAAAGCUCUGUUAAAAUGAGCCUUGUACCAAGAACUUGGA